GAGAUUAGACCGGGUUUAGAGCACGGCAUGGCUCAAUGAUAGGAUAAACCUUAUCCACUGACAAUCUCCGAGCUAUCGCAUUACUUGUUGACGACCAAAUCUCCAAUGGGAACUCUCCAAUUUCCUCCUAAACACCAAUUCUUCACAAACCAACAAACCAUUCAUGGAGGUGGUAAUCACUCCAUUGCACCGCUUCAAUCCAUCAGGUCUCCUCCAAAAGUCACUCACCGGCAGGCCAACAAGAAGCCAGCUCACUGCUUCUUCAAGCUUUCAUUCUUUAAAUAGCUUUCAUGAUCUUAAUCUUACUUCCUUGAACUCCGUCAAAAUAAUGCAUGCCCAGAUGACAAAGAUGCCCAAAGACAAUAAUUCAGUUGCCACCUCGCAAUCUCUUAUCACAUCUUACUUGAAUUUUGGUGAUUUUCGUUCGGCUACCGUAGUUUUCCUUGUGGAUUUUGCUGAAAAUUAUGUUCACUGGAAUGGCUUUCUGGAGGAGUUUAGAAGUUUUUGGGGAGACCCAUUUGAAAUUCUUGAGGUUUUCUGUGAAUUGCAUAACAAAAGAGUGAGCUUUGACGGUAGAGUUCUCACUGUUAUCUUGAAAAUCUGUGCAAACUUGUCAGUUACGCGGUUAGGUAUGGAAGUUCAUGCAUGUGUGGUUAAGAGGGGCUUUGAGAUGGAUGUGUACUCGAAGUGUGCAUUGAUGAACUUUUAUGGGAGGUGUUGGGGCAUAGAGUAUGCAAAUCAGGCGUUCGAAGAAAUGCCUGAACGAGAAGCUCUGUUGUGGAAUGAGGCAGUUUUGAUGAAUUUGAGGAAUGAGAGACUGGUGGAGGCCCUAAAGUUAUUCCAGGACAUGCAGUCUUCAUUUGUGAAAGCUAAUAGCUUUACAAUUGCUAAGGUUCUGCAAGCCUGUGGAAAAAUGGAAGCUCUUGAUGAAGGAAAGCAGACUCAUGGGUAUGUUAUUCGAUCUGCGCUGGAAUCGGAUGUACUGAUAUGUAAUUCACUAAUCAGCAUGUACUCAAGAAACAAUAAUCUCGAACUUGCUAGAACAGUUUUUGAUUUAAUGGAAAAUCGCAACUUAUCUUCAUGGAACAUAAUGAUCUCUGGUUAUACUGCGCUUGGUCAUCUAAAUGAUGCCUGGAAGCUUUUCUCCGAAAUUGAAGUUGGCAAUAUGAAACCAGACAUUGUAACAUGGAAUUGCCUUUUGUCAGGACACAUCCUUCGUGGAUUAUACCAAGAAGUCCUGAUCCUCUUGUGGCGAAUGCAAGCUGCUGGUUUCAGGCCUAACACGAGCUCUAUAACUAGUGCUCUUCAAGCAAUUGGUGAAUUAAGCGUCUUGGAUUUUGGGAAGGAAUUGCAUUGCCAUGUGAUAAGAAAUGGGCUUGAUUAUGAUGCCUAUGUGGGAACUUCACUUCUGGACAUGUAUGUGAAGAAUGAUAGUUUAACUUAUGCUAGAGCUGUCUUUCAUAGUAUGAAGAACAGAAACAUUUUUACUUGGAAUUCAUUAAUUUCAGGAUAUUCCUUCAAGGGCCAAUUUGAAGAAGCCAUGGACUUGUUGAACCAGAUGGAAGAUCAAGGAAUUAAACCAGAUUUGGUGACAUAUAAUGGUCUUGUUUCUGGGUAUUCAAUAUGGGGCCACUGUAAGGAAGCUCUAGCCAUGAUUCAUCAGAUCAAAGUCUCAGGAUUAACUCCUAAUGUUGUCACCUGGACCGCUCUAAUAUCAGGUUGCGCACAGAAAGGAAACUUUAAGGAUGCACUUGAAUUUUCCAUCGAAAUGCAGCAUGAAGGUAUCAAACCUAACUCAGCCACCAUAUCCAGCUUGCUUCGAGCCUGUGCAGGCCUAUCUUCACUGCAGAAGGGAAAAGAGAUACACAGUCUCGGAAUUAGAAAUGGCUUCACAGAAGAUGUAUUCGUGGCUACAGCUCUUAUUGACAUGCACAGUAAAUGUGGCAGUCUAAAGAGUGCCUAUGAUAUAUUUUGGAGAAUUAAGGACAAGACAUUGGCUUCUUGGAAUUGCAUGAUCAUGGGUUUUGCCAUUUACAGCCAGGGAAAAGAAGUAAUUUCACUUUUUGACGAAAUGCAGAAAGCUGGCAUUCAGCCUGAUGCUAUUACCUUCACUGCAAUCCUCUCUGGUUGUAAGAAUUCGGGUCUAAUUGAAGAAGGAUGGAAAUACUUUGACAGCAUGAAGGCGGAUUACAAUAUAAUCCCCACAAUUGAGCACUACUCUUGCAUGGUUGAUCUUCUUGGAAGGGCAGGGUAUCUUGAUGAAGCUCGGGACUUCAUUGAAAUGAUGCCAAUUGUGCCUGAUGCUACAGUUUGGGGUUCUCUCCUUGGAUCAUGUCGAACCCAUGAGAACUUGGAGCUCGCAGAGAUUGCAGCAAAUAAGCUGUUUGAGCUGGAACCACAAAAUGCUGCUAAUUAUGCGUUGCUUAUGAACUUGUAUGCAAAUUUGAACAGAUGGGAAGAUGUAGAGCAGAUUAGAGAGUUGAUGGAUGCUAGAGGGGUGAAAGCUGGGCAAGUAUGGAGCUGGAUACAAAUCAAGCAGACAGUUCACCUCUUCUCAGCCAGGGGAAAAGCCCAUCCCCAUGAAGGAGAGAUAUAUUUUGAGUUAUAUCAGCUGAUUUCUGAAAUGAAAAACUUGGGGUACAUCCCUGAUAACAAAUGUGUGCGCCAGCAUAUCAAUUAUGUGGAAAAGGAGAAGAUGCUGCUUGCUCACACCGAGAAAUUGGCCAUUACGUAUGGACUGCUCAAGACAAGAAGUAAUGUGCCUGUAAGGGUGAUCAAGAACACGAGGGUUUGUUCAGACUGUCAUACCGUUGCAAAGUACAUUUCUUUGAUGAGGGGCCGCGAAAUCCUCAUUAAAGAUGGGGUUCGGUUACACCACUUCAGAGGAGGGAAAUGUUCCUGCAACGACUUCUGGUAAUAGAAGAUUAGAAGGUUUUAUUGGCUUUUUCAGCAUUGUGCCAACUGCUCGAUGGUGAAAACUAGGAGGAUCAAGCAGCUUCUUUUUUCAGAAGGGUGGUAAAAAGCUACUAAACAGACAAAAGGUGCCGAGGAAGGAUCUAUAUGUCCACCCAGUUUUGAUAUGAUUAUCCACAAGAGAGCCAUCGAUGCAGAGCUUGCAUAUUAGUGCAAUGCUUAGAACUUGUAAUCAGAUUGGCAACCACUCCAAGAUGGAGGUGAAGAAUACAAGAGUUUAUGCAGAUUCUUGUGAAACGUUGAUACAUAUGUAUGUUCCAGUGAAUUUACACAACAAUGUGCAUAGGGGACAUCAUCGCUCAGAGUCGAAUUCAUUUCACACCAGAACUACAUAACUACUCUUCCAACCAUGAAGCAGCUAAUAUGGGAGGUCCACUGCUUAAUUUAACUGGAUUUAGAAUUUUCAGCA